UCUAGAAAGAGAAUUUGCGAUGAAUAUCUUCACUUUAAUUGCCUUUAUGGUAUUUUUUUCCAUAGGUGCUGAAGAAACAUGCACAAAAAUUACUGAAAAUCUGCACUACUCAUGCAUGGGAAGAAACCUCAGCUAUAUACCACUCAGUAUACCUUCCUCAGUUCAAAAGUUGGAUUUCAGUUUUAAUGUCUUGAAAUACUUACAGAAGACUGUAUUUCCAGUUUUGUCUUUUCUGCACCUCCUUGAUCUAUCAAGAUGCUACAUCAAGGGCAUUGAAAAUGAUGCUUUCUACAAUGUGCAGAAUUUGACUACUUUGAUUCUCACUGGAAAUCCUAUUACACAUAUUGGACCUGGAUGCUUUAAUACUUUAUGUAAUAUACAAAGACUCAUGCUUGUGGAUGUUGGUCUCACUUCCUUACAGCUUCAUAUGAAUAAUCUGACCAAGCUACAGGAACUUAAAGUUGGAACAAAUAACAUUCAAUUUAUGACUCUCCCAUCAUUUAUGAGCACCUUCAAAGACUUCACCUUACUUGAUCUACAUGCCAAUAAUAUAUCUAUCAUAAAAAACUAUCACACCGUUGUGUUGCGAGAGAUGAGCAGAAACAUAACUUUAAUACUCUCUAGGAAUCCUUUAUUACAUAUAGAACCAGGAGCUUUCAAAGGAAUGUAUCUGAGGAAGUUGGACAUACGAUCUUCCUUUGUUUCAGUUGCUGCUCAGAACGUUGGUCUAAAUGCUCUCUAUGGUCUUUAUGUCAAAAGACUCAUAUUUGGAAAAUUCUGGGAUGAUUACAAGAUUUACUUAUCAGAUACUGACUUUCUAGAUGGCCUUUGCUCUAUUUAUUUCCAGGAGGUAUAUUAUUUCAUAAAAGACAAGCCUAACCAGCAAGAUAAUAUCUUUCGCUGUAUGAUUAACGCCACAAAUGUAUCGGUAAAGGGUGUUCUUAUUCCUAAUGGGGCGUCCAUGCCAUUUUAUAAAAUUAAGGAGCUUAACUUGAUUUCCAGUCAUUUAGAUAUUUUGCCAGGUAAACAACUUUCACAUCUCCAUACUUUGGAAAAACUAGUAAUAACGCACAACAAUAAAGUACUUGGUGUUGAAAGGUUAGUAGACAUCCCUAAGCUUCAAUACAUAGAUUUGAGUUCUAACCAAAUUACAUGGUAUUUCGAUUGCUGCCCGUCUCUUCUGAUUGGCACCCCUCAAAUCAGGUACUUGAAUUUGAGUCUAAAUUUGCUCGUUAGUCUUUCUGACAGAGGCUUUGAAGGACUUGAUUACCUUGAGAUUCUGGAUUUCCAUCAUACAAGGGUUGUAGGUAUAGGGUUUAAUUCGUAUUUAUCUAACUUAAAGUAUUUGAGGUAUCUGGAUGUCUCCUAUUCAAGUAUCACAUUUGGUAACAUAUAUUGCUUUUAUGGGCUGAGCAGUCUUAAUGUUCUUAAGAUAGCUGGCAAUAAUUUUCAGAGAGAUGUGUCAAGAUAUAUAUUUAAUAAUCUCACAAGUUUAGAGCACCUUGACAUGUCAUACUGUCGUAUUGUAGAAUUACACCCCAGCUCUUUCAAAGAUCUUCAGAGGCUUCAACUUUUGAAUCUCAGUGGAAACAAAUUAAUGAUUCUAGAUUUUCUAGCCUACUCAAACCUGAAUAAAUUAACAUCAGUUUAUGUAGCUAAAAACAGCAUUACUAGCAUCCCACUUAAUGUUCUUCAAAAGUUGCCCACUAACCUUUCGGUGUUUGAUUUGUCCUCUAACCCUAUUGAUUGCUCCUGCUCCCAAACAGAUUUAAUUUUGUGGAUUAUUGAAAACCAGAAAGUUUUGAAGGAACCAAAUGACAUUAUCUGUACAAUGUUGUCAGCAAACUCAGAUUUUAGAGCAACUGACUUUGACGUUGACAGAUGUGUGAACAAAAAAAGGAUUACAAUUAUUAUAUUGAUAUGUUUUCUUACAGUAAUAGUUAUUUUAUCAAUCAUUGUUUAUAGGUUCCAGUUUUAUCUUCAGUAUUGCUGUAUACUUUUGAGAGGUUAUAGGUCUGCCAGACAACAAGAAUGUUCCUAUGAUGCAUUUGUGAUUUUCUCAAGUUAUGAUGAAGUCUGGGUCAUGAAUGAAUUAGUGGAAAAUCUGGAGAACGGGUUUCCACCUAUUCAGCUUUGCCUUCACAUGCGUGACUUUCAAGCAGGGAAGUCCAUCACCUCCAACAUUAUUGAUGAAGGAAUAAUGGGUAGCCGUAAGGUCAUUGUGGUUGUGUCUCAACACUUCAUUGAAAGUGCCUGGUGUCGCUUUGAGUUUGAAUUGGCUCAGUCCUGGUUUGUGAUGGAACGCAAUGCCAACAUCAUCAUCAUUAUUCUGGAAGAUGUGGAAGAGAAGAAGAUGAAGAAAAUGAUUGGUCUUCAUAAGCAUCUGAAAACUAACACAUACCUGAAGUGGAGCAGGGACACUUUAAGUAGUGAGAUUCUGGAUUCGGCUGCGAAAAGCUAUUAUUGCCGGAAAACAAAAAUAUUGCAUUUAAACUUUUAG